CGCAGAAAUAUGGCCCCGGAGCGCUCUUCCGGAAGCGGUUAAGGGCGUCUCCGUGACGCAGAACGAGUUAGAGCGCCCCGUGGGGUUUCCAUGGUGUCGCCUUCAGCCCUCUGUCCGUCCGCCUCCUCUCCCGCCUGACCGCCGUGAACGUGAGGCCGGCGGCGGGUCCCGCCUGCGACGCUGACGCCUAUUGGGGGAGGGGUCGGGCGAGCGGUGACGCUCUAGGCGAGCUCGUGUGCGUCUCCAUGGUGCCGAGCGCUCUGGGGCGCCGCUCCCGUGCGUCGGGGCGGACGUUGCCCCUUUAAUCGCGGAGGGCGUGACGAGCAGGUCCCGCGAGAGCGGCGGGGGGCGGGGGGCGGUGCCGUGCCCGGGGUCCGUGGCUGAUGGAGCCAGCGAUGGAGCCGGAGACUUUGGAGUCGCGAAUCAACAGAGCCACGAACCCCCUGAACAAGGAGCUGAACUGGGCCAGCAUCAACGGUUUCUGUGAGCAGCUCAACGAGGACUUUGAGGGGCCUCCGCUUGCCACCCGGCUGUUGGCCCACAAGAUCCAGUCUCCACAGGAGUGGGAGGCGAUCCAGGCCUUGACGGUGCUGGAAACAUGCAUGAAAAGCUGCGGCAAGAGGUUUCACGACGAGGUGGGCAAGUUCCGCUUCCUCAACGAGCUCAUCAAGGUCGUGUCCCCCAGGUACCUGGGCUCUCGGACGUCAGAGAAGGUGAAGAACAAGAUCCUGGAGCUCCUCUACAGCUGGACACUCUGCCUGCCAGAGGAGGUGAAGAUCGCGGAGGCUUACCAGAUGCUCAAGAAGCAGGGGAUCGUGAAAGCUGACCCCAAGCUUCCCGAGGAUGCCACCUUGGCCCUUCCUCCUCCACGGCCCAAGAAUGUGAUCUUUGAAGAUGAGGAAAAAUCCAAGAUGCUGGCCCGCCUGCUGAAGAGCUCGCACCCUGAGGACCUCCGGGCGGCCAACAAGCUCAUCAAGGAGAUGGUGCAGGAGGACCAGAAGCGGAUGGAGAAGAUCUCGAAGCGGGAGAGCACCAUUGAGGAGGUGAACAACAAUGUGAAACUGCUGACGGAGAUGGUGAUGAGCCACAGCCAGGGCGGCGCGGCAGCCCACAGCGGCGAGGACCUCAUGAAGGAGCUGUACCAGCGCUGCGAGCGGAUGCGGCCCACGCUCUUCCGGCUGGCCAGCGACACUGAGGACAACGACGAGGCCUUAGCGGAGAUCCUGCAGGCCAACGACAGCCUCACCCAGGUCAUCAACCUGUACAGGCAGCUGGUGCGAGGCGAGGAGGUCAACGGAGACGCAGCCGCCGGCUCCAUCCCAGGCAGCUCCUCGGCCCUGCUGGACCUCUCUGGCCUGGAUCUCCCUCCCCCAGGCACCACCUACCCACCCAUGACCACCCACCAUGGCGACCAGGCCAGCCCGGAGCAGCUCAGCACUUCAGUUUCCCUGCUGGAUGAUGAGCUCAUGUCUCUGGGCCUAGGCGACCCUACACCCCCAUCAGGCCCAAGCUUGGAUGGUUCUGGAUGGAACAGCUUCCAGUCUUCUGAGAGCACUGAGCCCUCGACCCCCAGCACGGACAGCCGGCUCCCGGGGCAGGCACCCCUGCCUGCAAGCAGCGGCCUGGACGACCUGGACCUCCUGGGGAAGGCCCUUCUGCAGCAGUCGCUGCCCCCGGAGUCCCAGCAAGUGCGGUGGGAGAAGCAGCAGCCAGCGCCCCGGCUCACUCUCCGAGACCUGCAGAACAAAAGCAGCUCGCCCAGCUCCAGCGCCUCCGGCCCCCACAGUGUGUCCUCAGAGCCCCCGGGGCUCCCGCAGCAGCCCACCCCGACCGAGCUCUCGCUGGCCAGCAUCACUGUGCCCCUGGAGUCCAUCAGACCCAGCAGCAUCUUGCCAGUGACUGUGUACGACCAGCACGGCUUCCGGGUCCUCUUCCACUUUGCCCGCGACCCCCUGCCCGGGCGUGCCGACGUGCUGGUGGUGGUGGUGUCCAUGCUGAGCACCGCCCCCCAGCCCAUCCGCAACAUCGGUUUCCAGUCGGCUGUUCCCAAGGUCAUGAAAGUGAAGCUGCAGCCGCCCUCGGGCACGGAGCUGCCAGCCUUCAACCCCAUCGGCCACCCCUCGGCCAUCACCCAGGUCCUGCUCCUCGCCAACCCCCAGAAGGAGAAGGUUCGCCUGCGCUACAAGCUCCUCUUCACCAUGGGCGACCAGACCUACACCGAGACGGGGGACGUGGACCAGUUCCCCCCACCGGAGACCUGGGGCAGCCUCUAGAACAGAGGGCCUGGGCACCGGAGGGGCAGGGCCGCCGUGUAGCCUGGGCAGGAGGCUGGGUGGCCCAGGACACCCUCUGUCCCUGCGGCCACACGCCCCUGGGCCUGGUGCUUCUCCCCUCACCCCGGCGGCCCCCAAGUGACUCUUCCCCUUUCUUCCCUGUCCCCUCCCCUGCUGAACCAACCCAGCAGGAGGCUGGGCCUGGGCUGGCGCUGGUGGCUGGGGUCCUGCAUCCCAGAUGGAAGCCUGGAGCCUGGAAGCGCCACGUGGCACUGGAAGACGUGGGUCGUGGGGAGGAGCAUGGCUGCUGGGCGGGAGCCGGGGCCCCCACUCGGCCCCAGACCCAGCGCAGGCCGGGUCAUCCCCGCCUGUCUAUGCCUUACGGAAGGCCCAGCCAUAACUCGGGGCCAAGCUGGAGCCGGGGACCAGCUCAGGCCGCCUCCAUAGGAACCGGGUGGUUGUGGGGAGUGACGUCUGCACCCCCAAUUGUUUGCACUCUGUGUGUGGUUUGACUCUGCUUUUCUUUCUGAGUAGCUGUGUGGCCACUGUCAAGCUCUACCCAUCCCCACUCUUGGGGUCUCCACCUGCCUGACCAUUGCUGCCAGGCCUGAGGGGCGUAGGGCUCUGUGACCACUGGCCCGAGCGCAGGCCAGAAGCAGGCGGCCCCGGUUUCGGGCUCCAGCGCUUCCGGCAAGGGAGGGCUGCCGCCUGCCCAGGGCCUCUUGGCCCUGCAUUCAUGACCUGUGCACACGGCCUCCUGCGUCCACGGGCAGAAGCGGGGUCGGUGUGAGCAAGAGCGGGAGUUAUUUAUGGAAUAAAACGUCCUUUUUCCUGGA